AUGGCGAGGAGAAGAAACAAUCGCAAAGGAGGCAAGAAGGUCUUCGGUGCGCGCGAUGACUCUAAUGCACAAAAAAACUGGACAGAACUUGUAAAAGAGAACGAGCAAUGGGAAAAAUACUACAAACAUCUCGGACUAAUUCCAGAAGAAGAAUGGGAUGCGUUCAAGAAAACCUGUCAAAACCAGUUGCCCUUGACUUUUAGAAUUACAGGAUCGCGGAGACAUGCACACGAAGUCUUAGCGUUAUUUGAGAAGGAUCAUUUACCAAACUUGACUGAUGUUGAAUGGGAAGGUGAGAAGAUAGAAGCUCCAAAAUCGCUACCUUGGUACCCAAAUCAUAUGGCAUGGCAACUAGAUGUUUCCAAAGGUGUCAUUCGUAAAAAUGAGCAAUUUGCAAAGAUGCAAAGAUUUUUGGUUGUUGAGAAUGCCGUUGGUAACAUAUCUAGACAAGAAGCGGUGUCAAUGAUUCCACCUCUUGUGUUAGAGGUAGAACCACAUCACUCAGUUUUGGAUAUGUGUGCUGCUCCAGGUUCUAAGACUGCGCAAUUGAUUGAAGCAUUACAUGUUGGUGGUGCAGAGGCAUCUGGGUUUGUCGUUGCUAACGACGCCGACUAUCGUAGAUCCCAUAUGUUAGUUCAUCAAUUAAAGAGAUUAAACUCUCCAAACUUGAUUGUUGUUAACCAUGAUGCUCAAUUUUUCCCUCGUAUUAAACUUUCCGAGGAUAAGAAUGAAUUUUUAAAAUUUGAUAGAGUUCUGUGUGAUGUUCCGUGUUCUGGAGACGGUACAAUGAGAAAGAAUAUAAAUGUUUGGAAGGACUGGGGUACUGCUUCUGGCCUUGGAUUACAUACUGUGCAAUUAAACAUCUUAAAUAGAGGUUUGAAUUUGCUUAAAGACGGUGGUCGGUUGGUUUAUUCCACAUGUUCUUUGAAUCCUAUUGAAAAUGAGGCUGUUGUUGCUGCUGCUCUUAGAAAAUGGGGUGACAAGAUUAAAUUGGUUGACUGUAGCGAAAAGCUUCCAGGCUUAAUAAGGUCUCAAGGCGUUACAAACUGGCCAGUUUACGACAAGACGUUUAACAUCCAAGAAAGUGAUAACAUUGAUACGGUCACCAGUUGGUUCCCACCAACAGAAGAAGAAGUUAAAAUAUUUAAUUUGGAUCGCUGCAUCAGAGUUUACCCUCAUCAACAAAAUACAGGAGGAUUCUUCAUUACAGUUUUUGAAAAAUCCGGUGGAGAGCCUCUUGCUGCUAACCAAGAAAAGACUGAAGAACCGGAGGUGAAGAAGUUCAAGUCUGAGAUCACAGUUCAAAAGAAAGAAAAACUUCCAAGAGAUGCGAAUGAGGAACCUUUCGUCUUUAUCGAUCCAGAUCACCCCGAAUUAGCCAAAUGUUGGUCAUUUUAUGGGAUCAAUGACAAUUUUGACAAGAAAGCCUGUUUAGUCCGUAACGCAACUGGUGAGCCAACAAGAGUUGUUUAUCAUGUGGCUACUCCAUUCAGGCAUUUGAUUCAAGCAAAUCAAGAUAGACUCAAGAUUGUAUAUUCCGGUGUUAAAUUAUUUGUUUCACAAAAAAGCGACAUUGGAUGUGCUUGGAGAAUCCAAAGUGAAGCACUUCCAAUUGUUAAACAUUACAUGAAUGACAACAGGGUUAUUGAUGGUAAUUUAGAAAUUUUCAAGAUUUUGUUGACGGAGGCCUUCCCUAAAUUCGAGGAAAUGCAGGAAUCGCACGCUGAUGAUGCGUUUGUUAACAAGUUGAAAGAGUUUACUUCUGGCUGUGCUUUCAUCCGUAUUAACCGUGGUGAAGAAAAAGAGCAGCUGUUCUUCCCUAUAUGGAAUGGAAGUAAGUGUGUCAAUUUAAUGGUUUGUAAGGAAGAUAGCCAGGAGUUAUUGUACAGAGUCUUCGGGAUUGAAACUACUAGCAGUCACAAUCCUAAAGCUAUUUCUCAAGCAAAGGCAAAAGAAUCUGUCACACCAGAAGCAGCGGCUACCGAUGAAAUCACUCCUGAAACUUCUAAUACUGAAGUUGACUUAUCUGAAUCUACUGCUACUGAGGCAGCAUAA